UAAACAAACUAUGCCGAUGGAGCGCAGAUGUUGCAGGUGAAGCACACGAAGGACGAGCAGCAGCAGCUGCAAGAGGCAGGAAACCCUGACUGGAUGUCCCAUCUGCCUGAGGAGCUGCUGGACAUCCCACUGUGGAACCUGGCCAUACCUGGAAGCCAUGACAGCAUGUCCUUCUGUCUGGAUGUGUCUUCGCCUCUCCAGCAGUCUGAACCUCGUCUGCUCAAAAUGAUUGACAGGUUGUUUCCCUGUUGGACACGCCCCUGUGUCUACCGCUGGGCAACCACACAGCAGUCAGUCCUCAGAGAUCAGUGCGAUCUCGGUGUUCGUUUCUUGGACCUGCGGAUCGCCAAGAAGCCAGCAGAGGGCAGCAGAUUGUUAUUUGCUCACGGAUUCUACACGCUGAUCUCUGUCAAGGAAGCUCUGGAGGAUCUGGCUUCCUGGUUGGACGCUCACCCGAAAGAGGUCGUCAUUGUUUCCUGCUCUCACUUUGAGUCACUGAUGGAGCAAGACCACGCCCACCUGGUGGAUUACAUCAUUAGCAUGUUUGGAGAGAAACUUUGUUCUUCACAGGCCACGCCCACUCUACGCUCCCUGUGGGCCAAAGGUCAGCAGGUUCUUGUUGCCUAUGAGGACCACCAGAUGGUGCUGCAGUAUCAUCAGCUCUGGAGUGGAAUACCUUACUGGUAUGCUGACAGCUCUGACCCGAAGAAGGUGAUCGCUUAUCUGGAGGAUCAGAAGAGCAGAGCAAGACCAGCUGGUUUUUACGUCAGCGGUCUGAAUCUGACAGAGGACGCUCGUUACGUCGUCCUACACCCGUCCCAGAACAUGAAAAGGAUGACCAUGAAGGCCAUCUCAUUCUUGCUGGACUGGGCGAGCAAACAGCGGCCGGGACCUCAAGUGGGUGGAGUCAACAUCCUGUGUUGUGACUUUGUGGAUGUCAGUCAAUUCUGCUCACUUGUGAUUGGCCUAAAUGACAAACUGUUAGGCGGAGCCACUCACUGCUAGCUAAGAAUAUGGAUGUUUUUGGAGACGUUUUGGACAUUAGAUGUUUCAGUGAUAUUUUUAAGGAUAUUACCUUUCCUAACUUUACUUAUAUGUCUUCCAUAUAUGGCCUGCCCUCGUCUUUCUUCACUUUUUUUUUUCCCCAAAUAGACAUUGUACAACUACUAUUUUUCCAGAGUUCCUCUCUCAGCCCCUUAAAUGUCCUUGGGAGGACCUCUUUGAACUUUUUUUUCCCCACAUAAGAAAGCUCUUUUAUCUCAGAUAUAUAAUCUUGUUCUUUCAAUGGACAAUUAUCCAGUCAGUAAAAUUAUCUGUAACUGGGAACUGGAAAGACUGUAGUCAGAAUUCACAAGUCAUCUUGUGCAAGACUUUCCCUUAUUCAAUUUAAAGUAGUACACAGGCUGUAUUUGUCAAAGUCCAAAUUAUCCUAAAUUUAUCCCAAUGUCUCUGAUCUGUGUGACAGAUUGAACUCCUCUCCCUGUGAUUUAAGUCAUGUUUUUCUUUGCCCUAAACAUCAGCCACAUUGGAUUUCAUACAGGGUGACCCGCCCCAAAAAAACACAGAACCCAUAAAAAUUGUAAUAAAUCCUACAAAGGUCUUAAACUUCAGUCUGUGUACGAUCAUUCCCUGAAGUUUCAGUUAUCUUGGUCGCUUUACAUAAAAGUCAUGUUCUUUCCAAAUUAUGCUCCAAAUGGUAUGAUUUGUUGGUGAAAAUAAGCCUCUAAGCAAAAUGUCUUUUCCUUGGUUGACCAAGACAUGUUGGGGAAGACGACUGGAACAAUAGUCUUCAAUUGUCAAGUCUUAAAUUCAGUAGUCUUCAAUUUCAAGGGUUUUUUUGGGGCGGGCUCAUCCUGUAUUUUUAUUUUAUCUCUCACGUUCUUGGCAUCAGGCUGGAAUCUUGCCCACUGAUUGCUGUUUUUGGCAUUCUUGGAGUCCCCCAUUAUGUCCCUCAUCCAUUUCUGUGUGGUUGAGAGUUUUUUUUUUUACAUGGGGUGGUGGGGUGGUGGUGGAAUUGAGUUUCGACUUGGGGGGGUGGGUCACUGAUGGGUUUCUCAGACUGUGGCGACCUUAUAUCGAUUAUCUUACAUCGUUGAAAAGAUUUGGACCUGAUUGAACAUAUUGUCAUGGGUGUGUUGUAUGUGUGUGUGUGUGUGUGUUUUUUUUUUUUUUUUGAAUGAAUUAAUUUAUUAUUAUUUCAUAUGGCUCAGGGUUAGAUGUUCAAGUUGUCUUUUGCUGGAAAAAAGAUAAAUGUCUAAAAAAAAAAAUGUAAUUUGAAAUGUUACAUUCUAAAAUUUUUGUAAUACAGUAAUUGAGUUAAAAAAAAACACUUUACCAAAGACAUGGGCUGGGCUUCCAUUACAGAGUUAUACAAAAGUUAAAUGAUGUUUUUAGAAAUGUAAACAAAAUAUAAUCUUGAAAUGACAUUUUCAUCCAGCGAUGGAAUGUGAUUUCUGGGUUUUGUCCUCUUUCAAUAACUGUCAUUCCAAUAAUCAUGGAAAUGGAUCAACCAAGUCUCACUUAAUAUCAGCAUUUUAUUGUUUUUUUCAAGUUCAGUACUGCAUAAUGUCAUUUCUUAUAAGAUUUCCACUUCUUUCCGCCUCUUCCUCUGACCACACCAUAUAUUUUAAAAUGUCAUAUCAUGUGACCUGUAAUAGCAUAAAGUGUUUCCACUGCAGUUUUGCAAAAUAUGUAUUUUCAUAAUAAUAAUGAUUUGCCCUCCCACCAAAAAACAAAACAAAAAUCAUUUUAUGCAAGUAUAAAAAAUUCACAUUUCCAUUAAGUGUAUUUCCAAUUCACUACUUCAAGUUACGCAGUUUGGAGCGUAAUGGAAACCCGCAUGCUGUUAUGAUUAAAUGAACCAUCAGGUCAUGACAGUAAGACAAGACCUAUUGUGUGACUUUGUAUUUAUAAUUCAGAAUGUGGAGUUAAUUUUUGAUCUGCAUGGACUACCAAAAUUAAUGUGACAAGCUGCAGUACCCACUGGUGCCAUAAAAGGAGUAUAACAAACUAUUCAGCUAGAAUAACAAAACAAAAAUGCACAAAUUUUGGACAAACUUUCCCCACAGUUUCAUCAACGUGUGACCCUACAAAUAUAUCAGAACGCCUAGGGUGAAACCACCAACACACCCAGGAUAAAACUCUGCUGUUCUCCAAGACGACCUGCACUAAUCUGCCCCCUAGUAGUCUGUUAAUCCUUCAGCUCCACACAGGUUAUGCACACAAACUUGAAUUAUUUUGUUUUGUGUUAAGUAGCUUGGUGAAGUUAAAUUGUUUGUACUUUAAGAAUCCUUCUUGAACGUUUGACAGCAUGUUGUCCAUGGGGAUCCACGGGCUCUACAUUGGCUAGUGUUUAUAGAACAGUUAGCUGACAUUUUUCAAGGGUGGUAAUAAAUUUUGCAAAGUUUCUAUAAUGAGUUGGAAUGGUGUGAGAGUCCACAAUGUUUUUAGAACCUUAGACCUCAACAAUUUUUAGAAGAACUCAAUCCUUUUAUUUCCUGUUAACCCUAUUCAGGACUUUUGGGAUCCAUUGGACCCCAUGGCAAUUGCUUUCUCCAUAUUGUGCUAACUAAUGUCCUGAAUAGGGUUAAUUAUGUUUUUUUUUUUUACUGUUAAUUUACUGUCUUAAUGUAUUUAUAACUUGUUUAGGUUCUUGUUAUCAUAUACAUAUUAUUAUUAC